CUUGGUGUGGCUUCUUGCAAGUGGUGUUUUUAUUUCAACUGCCGCAUCGGACUUGAAUUCUUCUGAUAUCGACAGCUUUGUUGCUUUUAUAAGUAUCACUAUGGCUCACGCUUCCACUCGAAAACAUGCAUGGCGAAAAGGUAUUCACACCUUUUCCUCCAAUAUAUUGGAUAUUUUCGACCCGUCCCUUUCGUUUCCCUUCCCACAAAUACCAUAUUAUUUAAGCUUUACACCUAAUGAACGCUGCUGCCCUCAUCAACUUGGCCCUUUAAUUCUUAACUCAACUUGCUCUGCGGGUUUCUAAGAGGCUUAGAAAAGCUGUUAGCAUUACAGUGUUUUAUCUGUAUUGACAAGGCGAAGAUGAAGUUCGGGAAGGAAUUCGCGUCGCAGAUGGUGCCGGAAUGGCAAGAUGCGUACAUGGAUUACGAAUACUUGAAGACCCUUUUAAAAGAAAUUCAAAGUUUCAAGCAUAGGACGAAGCCACCGUCUACUGGCUUAAAACGAAAACUUACACUUUAUAGAGCUUUCAGUGGGCUAACGCAGAAGAACCACCGCAACCCCACCAGCCCUUCUUCUGCAUCACCCGAUAUCGAAAGCCAACCCAUUCUGGUAAACUCCGUCCAACGGAACGGUUCUGAAAGUUACGAAACCACGUUCCUUAUGUCGUCGGAUGAGGGGGGAGAGUAUGAGCUGGUUUACUUUAGAAGGCUUGAUGAUGAGCUGAACAAAGUGAACAAAUUUUAUAAGGAUAAGGUGGAGGAAGUGAUGAAAGAAGCAAAUGUUUUGAACAAACAAAUGGAUGCUUUGAUUGCUUUUAGGAUCAAAGUUGAGAAUCCCCCGGUGAAUUUCGAUAGGUCCGUCGAGAUGACUCGUCUUGCUUCCGACAUUGCUGUUUCCACUGCAUCACUGUCGGUUCCUACUACUCCAUCCGCGGGUAGAUCAAAGAGCAAAAGAGCUGCUCACUUGGAAGCCAUUGAAGAAAGCACCCAUGGACAAACUGAUGAUGAUGAUAAAGAUGAUGAGAAAGAGAUGGAAACUCCAGUUCAGGAGCCGAAACCGCCGAAACCCAAAAUCAAGGGGGUGAAGCCUGCACCGCUAGAAGUACUAGACCGGGUGAAGAUGAACAACACUCUCGAAACUCCUCGGUCCACCAUUAAAGGUCUUCUGCAGGUUCCAAAACAGGCGGAGAUGAGUUUCAGUAGGGAAAAUCUAAGAAGAGUUGAAGAUCAACUCAAGCGGGCUUUCGUUGAAUUUUACCAAAAGCUUCGCCUGCUUAAAAGUUACAGCUUUUUGAAUACCUUGGCAUUCUCCAAAAUCAUGAAGAAGUAUGAUAAGAUCACAUCGAGAAGUGCAUCGAGAUCUUACAUGAAAAUGGUGGAUAACUCCAACCUUGGUAGCUCUGAUGAUGUUACAAAGCUGCUGGAGAGAGUUGAAGCUACAUUCAUCAAGCAUUUUUCCAAUGCCAAUCGUACUAAAGGGAUGAAUAUCUUAAGACCCAAAGCCAAAAGAGACAGGCAUAGGGUAACUUUUUCAACUGGUUUUCUGGCUGGUUGCAUGGCCUCCCUUCUUCUAGCCCUUAUAAUGAUCAUUCGGCUCCGUAGAAUCAUGGAUAGUAGAGGGAGGACUAUAUAUAUGGAAACCAUGUUUCCCCUUUAUAGUUUGUUCGGAUUCAUUGUUCUACACAUGCUGAUGUAUGCAAUCGACAUUUUCUACUGGAGAAAGUACCGAGUGAAUUACGCCUUCAUAUUCGGUUUCAAGCCGGGAACCGAAUUAGGCUACCGAGAAGUUCUUCUUCUGAGCUUCGGCCUUGGAACAUUAGCAUUAGCUGCUGUGCUCUGCAACCUUGACAUGGAGAUGGAUCCCAAAACAAAAGACUAUAAAGCUUUCACCGAGCUUCUUCCCCUACUCUUAGUCCUGGUUGUACUUAUCAUCCUGUUCCUGCCAUUCAAAAUCUUGUAUCGAACGAAUCGUUUCUUCUUCCUUACAUGCUUGUUUCACAGUAUCUGCGCUCCACUAUACAAGGUCACACUGCCUGAUUUCUUCUUAGCUGAUCAAUUAACUAGCCAGGUACAAGCCAUUAGGAGCUUGGAGUUCUAUGUUUGCUACUACGGAUGGGGAGAUUUUAAACACAGGGAAAACAAGUGCAGAGACAGUAAUGUGUUUGAGACUUUCUACUUCAUCGUGGCGGUGCUUCCCUACAUGGCUCGCCUCCUCCAGUGCCUACGCCGCCUGUUCGAGGAGAGAGAUCCGGUCCAAGGAUACAACGGACUCAAAUAUUUCCUCACCAUCGUAGCCGUUUGCCUGAGAACGGCUUACUACGUUAACACGGGCAUUGGAUGGAGAGUAAUAGUUGGGAUAGUGUCGGCCAUUGCAGCAAUAUUUUGUACGUACUGGGACUUCGUGUAUGACUGGGGGCUACUAAACCGACAAUCCAAGAACCCUUGGUUGAGAGACAAACUCCUUGUUCCUCACAAGUAUAUAUAUUUUGGAGCCAUGGGUUUGAAUGUGGUGCUGAGAUUUGCGUGGCUCCAAACUGUGUUGAAUUUCAAGUUUGAUUUGCAUCGAGAAACGCUGGCUACUCUUGUCGCCAGUCUUGAGAUCAUUCGUCGUGGCGUAUGGAAUUUCUUCAGGUUGGAAAAUGAGCAUUUGAACAAUGUUGGGAAGUACCGAGCAUUCAAGUCCGUACCGUUGCCGUUCAAUUAUGACGAGGACGAUGACAAAGAUGAUUGAGUUUGUUUUGCUCACCAACUCGGCCGUGACGCUGCAUAGAUGGGCCUCGGCUUUAAUCUGCUAUUCGUUAAACUAAAAACCCAAUGAAGGCAAGAUUUGGAUGAUUUGACACAGACUUGGGGGAAUUGGCUGAACUAGGAAGUAUGAUGUUUUAUUAGAGCUAAUAGUUUGGCCAAUUCUUUGCUUUUUGUUUUGGUUUGUUUCAAAAUCCAUGGCUCACAUGGAAAAUAUAUACUAAGUGGUUUAUGAAGAAUGACAUUUGUAAAUGAGGUCAAUUUAAUGAAGCACACCAUAAAUAUAACCUUAUUUAAAGAUACUAAA